AUGUGUCCUACAGGGACUUCAUCACAUCCUGACGCCACCAAGAAGUCCGCUUUAAGGUCAGCUUUUGAAGUGCUUGACGUUGACCAUGACGGAAAGAUUAGCCGGGACGAUCUUCAGACCUUUUACUCAGGGUUUUCAGGCACCGGAGAAUCGGACGAGGACAUUCUCCGGUCGAUGAUGUCGUUGGCGGAUUCGAACAAAGAUGGGUACGUUGAGUACGAUGAAUUUUUGAACGUUUUGGAUUGCAAAAAGAAUGGUGGAGAUCAGAGAAAUAAUGAUGGAAGGUGGGGAUUGAUGGAGGAUGUGUUUAGGGUUAUGGAUAAAGAUGGGGAUGGAAAGGUGGGCCAUGAUGACCUCAAGAACUACCUCAAAUGGGCUGGCGUUGAGGUAGGGGAUGAUGAUAUCAAAGCUAUGAUCAGAUUGGGAGGGGAAGAUGAAAAUGGCGGCGUCACCUAUGAAGGUUUUCUCAAGAUUUUGGCUGUUUGA